AGAACUGAGCUAUUCCAAGAUCUUGCACCCUUAUUAUGGAAUUCCUUCGGCACUAUCACCAUACUUUUGCAGGAAAUAAUCUCAAUAUUUCCUAAUAUUUCAUUGCAAAAUCUUACUCCUGCACAAUCAACUCGAGUGUGCAAUGUUAUUGCACUACUUCAGUGUGUGGCAUCUCACUCUGAUACAAAGAUGUUAUUUAUCAAUGCCAACAUACCUUUGUAUUUGUAUCCCUUACUUCAAACAACAGACAAGUUGCCACAAUUUGAACAUUUGAGGCUUGCUAGUCUUGGGGUCAUUGGUGCAUUGGUGAAGGUUAGCACUAAAGAAGUGAUAACUUUCCUUCUUUCAAGCGAGAUAAUUCCCUUGUGCUUGUGUAAUAUGGAAAUUGGAAAAGAAGUUUCAAAAACGGUAGCAACAUUUAUAAUUCAAAAAAUUCUGGCAGAUGAUGAUGGUUUGGCUUAUAUUUGCGCUACAGCAAAACGAUUUUUUGCCAUAAAUCGAGUUUUGGACAUGAUGUUGAAAAGUUUUGAGAAACAAAUUUCACCUCGUCUUUUGAAGCUUAUAAUUUCAUGUUAUUCUCGUUUAUCAGAUAAUCACAGGGCUGGCAUUGUACUAAUGAGAAGUCUUCCAAAUAUGCUCACAAAUGGAACUUUCAAUAAUUACCUUCGUGAAGAUCCAACAACUUUGAGGUUGCUGGAGCAUCUGUAUAAAAAUCUAGGGAUGAACCAAGUUCCAUUAGUAUCAGAUGAAUGA